AUGAUUGGAAGAAUAGUUGCAAAAUUAAAUUCAUUGUCUCAAGUUCAGAAAUGCUUCUUCGCAAGAAAAACAAUUAUUGAUUUGAAGGAAUAUAGAUAAAAGCAAUCAAAUGAGACUACAAAUAGUUUUAAUUAAUAGAGUUAGCAAGGGGAUUUUGCAAAUGUAAGAAGCUAAUUACAUGAGAAUAAAAUACAAAAAGAGCAAUUCGACUAUUAAAACAAGUAUAAUUAGGAGGAUUCGUAAUAAUAUAAAUAAACUAGAUCAAAAUAAUUGGCAUCUUAAAUUUUAAAAUGUUCAUCAGAUAGCGAACUAAUUAAAAUUUAUUAAAAGAGUAAAUAUCCCUUAGAAAGCUAACAUUAUGCUAUGCUUUUAUAUAAAUUUACUGAAAUCUAUAAAUAUUAGUAGCAGUACGAUAGAGAAGUAUUGAAGUAAAACAAGUUAAAAGAAGAAGAGAACUCUGCAAAGAUAGAAAAGAGAUACUCACUUUCAGAAAAGAAAAUGUUCUUGUAAAUCUUAGAAAAAGUUAAUCUAAAUUUAGAAGAAAUGAAUCCUGAUUCAUUGAAUCUUUUAUUGAAAAUGCUUGGAAAGAUGGCAGACGAUUAUAAAAAUAAAGAAAUAGUAUCUUAAUUAUUUAACAAUAUAAUCUAGCUAUUAGAAAAGGAUUAGAAUAUUAAUUUUUUCAGUGAAAUUUAGAUUUAUCACUUCAUCCUUUAUCUAAAUAUACUCAAAAAAGAAAUUAAUUCAAGUAAAUCUGCAUAAAAAGUUAUUGUUUUGGCAGUUAAAAAGCUAUGUAAUCACUUAAAAAGCUUAAGAAGAAGUUAGCUUCUUUAAUUGAUGUAUAUAAGUAUGCACUUAGAAAUUACUGAGCCUCUUUUUCACUAAAAACUUAUAUCAGCAAUAUUAUAAAAACCUUAAUUUUUGUCUGCUCUUGAUUUUACUAUCCUCUUCUAAUACAAUUCUUUAUUUUACUAAAAGCAACUAUCAAAGAAUUAUAGCAAAGAAUCUGAAUAGUAAAAGAAUGAUAUUUCUAACAGAAUUCUUUAUCAUAUGCUUAAACAUAAAUUCACAUAAGCAAACUUUAAAUGUUUAGCUAAAAUAUGUGGUUUUAUAUACAAAAUGGAUAUUAAAUUAGAUCAACAAGAAGUUUUAAAUAGCAAGAUCGAAGAGUUAUUUGGUUAAUCCAUAGAAAAUUAUAUAAAGCAGUAGCAAGAUUCUCCAAAAUAGUCAUCACAUCCAAUUUUAUUAAAUGAUUGCUUAAAUUAUAUACUUGCAAACCCAAAAAUCUACAUUAAGAACUUUUAAUUAUUUGUAAAUAUAAAUUCUUAUUUAACAAAGUUUGACUAAUUUGAUUUUUAGAAUGUUCUUCAUAUUACCAAUUUCUUAGUAGAAUGCUUGAUCAGAGAUUUAUCAGGUAAAGAAGAGUACAAAUUUUAAGAAUAAGAAUUAGCUUAUGUGAUAUAGCAAGCACUUGCUUAGCCUUUGUAAAAUAUUAAUAAAAAUUUUUAGAAGGCUGAAUACUAUAAUUUAGAAGAGCUGUUUGAGUUAAUUCAAAAAAUAGAAAAGCUAAACAAAAUAAAAAAUAUUAUUCCUAUGGAUGAGGUACAAUAAAUAUUUAAUAAAAGCUUAAAAUAUAUCUGCCAAAUAACUCACAAGCUUAGCACUCCUGUUAUCAUAAAAAUAGGGUUUUUAUUAAAAAAUAUCUUGUAAGACAAAGAAAAAGAAUAAAUAAUUCUUUAAAAGUAAUUAAAAAAGUAUCCAUUCAGAAUUGAAUUUGAAAAUUUUGAAACAGCCUCUGAAAUGCAAGAAGCUAAAUAAUUUUUUAUGAGCAUAUAGAAAUAAGUAGAUCUUAAUGAUUUAAUGAAAGAAGAUAAACCAGAAAAAUCAAUAGAAGAGCUUGAUUUUACUGAAGACUUAGAGAGAAUUUAAGAAUAAAUUUAUAAAGAAGCAACUGAAAAGCAAGAAGAAUUGAUGAAAAUAAAAAUGUCGCAUGAAGAAUUACAAAUUUAAUUUGCUCCCCUUCAAGUUCCUUCGAUUAAGCAACUUAAGAAAAACGAAGAUAAUAAGUACGACCAUUUAAAAAAAUAUUUAGACAUAUUCAGAAAAAAUUCUAUUUGUAUAAACGCAAUACUUCUUUCACAAAUUGUGUUUUCUGAUGAUCAAUUAAAACUUUAGGACUAAGACAUUUGGAAGAUUAGUGAAAAGUGUUUUUACAAUAGCUUUAUACCUCAACUUUUAAGUAUAGAUAAUGUAAACUCAAUUAUAUUUUCAUAAGCUAUUUACAAAUUAAAUGAAAUGUAAUUUUUACAAUCGAAUGACUCUUUAAACUAAGUUGUUGAUCUCAGAGUAUAGAAUGUAUUAGCUAAUCUUUAAUAGAUGAAGCAAAAUAAAUUAAAGAAUUUAAUCUCGCUUUUGGAAAUUAAAUAUAAAAAGACAGCCAAAAUAGAAACAAAUUAAAUAUAACUUAAUAAUAUCAUUGAUAUUUUAGUGACACUAAGUAAUAAUGACAAAAUAGCAGCUGUAUAUGGCUUUAAAAAUAAUGACGAGAAUGAUUCUGGUAAACCUUUUGACAGCAAGGAUGAGGGAAAAUAAUAUUUCAAUAAGUUAAAAUAAUAAAUUUUAAUUUAAAGUGGUUUUAAAGAAGUUUAUUUAAUAGAUUCUCAGAAAAAAGUGUUCAUAGAUAUGCAGUGA